UAUGUUAUUUAUUAAUUUACUCUUAUUGUUUCAUCUUUUUAACUAUUUAGGUUCACGUUCCUCGGAAAACUCUCAUAUGAUCGAGGACUGGUUAAUGUUACUGAUUGUUUCUCUGUGUACGCUCUUGGGCGCGCGCUCGUUUCCAUAGCAGCAGAUAAGCGUAAACUAGGCCGACUCCAUUCCUAUGGAUGGGGGCAGCAUUAUCUAUGACUAAACGCAUAAAGGGUCUUAUCAGUAAUAUUUCACUUGUCUUAUUUUCGACGGAAAGGAGUUCCUGGAUCUAUUUGGUUGCUUAUUGUAUGGGUUUAUUUUAUAUGAAGCAAAUGGAUAACCAGAGACGAAAUGUCCAAACCAGCACAACCAUUGGACACGCGCAUCUGCAGCCUUUCCCGUUUUACUUUAAAACUCGCAAGAAUGCCCCUCUUCCUCCAGUCCUCCAGCGUCAGAACAAAGUUCCUGCCUCUGCUCACUUCUCUCUCACCUCGCACACCGAGCAUGACAGAAAGCCACUGAACGGACCUCUGUACAAUGAAAUCCACUCUAAAGCCCCUGCGCACUGGACCACACACUUCCUCAACGAGCUGGCCCUGAGGCUCAAAGACAGGCCAACAGUGAGAGUGGUCUCUAAUCCUAUCAGUGAAAUGCAGGACUGCUACAGAGGUCAAUUAGCAGCACGUGAGCCUCCGGCUGAACACUAUAGCAUGAUGCAGGCACUGUACAGACAGCUGGAAACGACUCAAAUGGCGUUUGUGCAGGAACCAGUACGCAGUACAACCAAGACCGACUUCAAGCACUUUAACAGGUCAGAUUUGUCUCCUUGCUCUGUCCUGGAUGCAGCUACCUUUAAUGGAACCUUUACCAAGAGCGGAGCUCACAGCCGACUUCCUGCACACAAAGCUCCAUCCACCCUAUCAUGUCAACCCCGGCUGCCUCGCACACCUCUGCCUGUGCCCCACAGGGGUAAAAGUAGUCUGUAUAUGGAUAGUUUUACUGUACCUGUGCGUCCCCCAACAUUGCAAGCCACUGGUGUUGCACAAAGUGGGGUGAAAUGGCAAGAAGAUGGUGGUAGAGGUGUGUUACUGGACAUUUUAGGUGUUCCUAAAAUGUAUAGUACUGAGAAUCAGACAUAUGGAGGAAAUAAGAUGUCUAUGGUAUAAGAAAAUAGACAAAGUAGGGUGGAUGGUUUGAUUUUCAGUUUUGUUAUAAUUGAUCUGAACUUCAAAAAAUGGUUUCAUCAAUAUUGCUUAAUUUUCAUGCUUUUAUUUUGUCACUCAGAGGGUCAAUAAUAAAUGGAGAACAAAAACAAGUGAUUGGUGGAAACGU